AUGACCGAUAGUGCUUGCAUGUCGGUGGGUGCACUAGUCAGAUGCCUCGCGAUUCCUGUCCUUCCGCUCAAACAUUUAUUCGUCGGGGAAAGUCAAGUGUACUCCAUCUUGUCGGCUGCGUGCAGGGGUGGCUUCGGCAAAAGAGGAAAGGUGAGAGAAAAACCACUUUACGCGAUUACACGGCCCCCCGCGACACCACUUUCACCACUACCUGGUCCCUCAACCUUCCAAGUCUUCUCUCACCCCUCCACCACCAUUUUCCGCCAUCCAACCCAUCCACACUGCAUCACCCAUCAACCACUCAUGGGUGCCAUGCUCUUGCAGCCAUGCCUGCACAUCACCCCUCCCCCCAGAAUGUCACUCCCCCCAGGGAGGAAAAAAAAAGGUCCUCGUUGUCAAAGCCUGCCGUAA